AUGGCUAUUCCUUCUACCUUCGAGGCAGUAAAAGUGCAUCUUGCCCAGGUCCAGGAAGAUCCCUCUACACCCCUGGACACCUCUCUUAUCGCCCGGCUGAAGCUGCAGCUCAUCGAUAGCACCGAUCCCGAUGUCUCCGCCACGCUCUUAUCACAGAUCUCAGUUCUUCUACCUAUCCUCCGAGAGGACCCUACGCCUCUCACUACACUGACAACCGCCGCUUGUGCAUCAUUCAGUUUCACGGAAAUCCGCUCUGUCGAACCAACAAUCAAUCUCAUCGCUGGCUUCAAGGCUCCAUCAGAACCCAUCAACCUUCUUGCGCUUUCGCUACUGGCCAAAGCUGGACAGAGCUCUAGUGAUGCCGCGAUAGUCGCCGGAGACUCGGAACUUGUCGCCGCCUUGGUGGAGCUGUGGCUUUCGACUUCAUCUACUGCAGUUGCGCAGGCUGCGCUUGAUGUGCUGUGGGCUCUGUUGGAGGUGGACUCGGCAAGUCCUCUUGAACAAGGAGAAUAUGACCAUACCAGCGAUGAUGGGCGGGUUGGCCAAGGCCUCAUGUGGAGGAGGGUGUUCACAGAUAAGGAGGUUUAUGGGUUGUUGUUUGGACUAUGCAGUCUGAGAAAUGAUGCGCCGGGAGAUCUAUCCAAGCGUGAGCGGACCGUCGCACAAGGAAGGCUAAUGGGGCUCCUGGUGAAGGCUGGUCGUUUACACUGGGAUGCUAUAUCGAAAUCCCAGCUCGCAGACGUGGAGUCAAAAUAUGAAAGCUCUAGCAUUCUUCACUUUGCGGCUAGUCAGAUGGUUGACUUGGGCGACGUGUUGAUGCACAUGACCCUCUUGGGCUUCUACAGGGACUUGCUUGAUAUCGACGCCCCAGGUCUAGUGGCUCGUGCAUCUGUACAGUCCGUGUCAACCUUCUCGUCCCCUGCACUGGAUUUCCUCAUCAAACUGAACCUACACUCCAAGGUGUUGGAGUACUACCUCGACGAGUCAAGACUUGACCCGGUGGAUCUACUAUAUCUCGGUGGUCCAGUCAUGGCCUAUCUAUCAAAGUAUGCCGAGUUAUACCCCAACCAUCUUCUUACAAACCCAUCAACCCUUCUCGACGGGAUCAUUGCGCGUAUAAAUCGAGCUCUUGCGAUUCCAUCCACGCAAUGGGCGCACGGGGAAGUCCCCACCGGCCACCUCGCUGUUCUGGCAUCAUUACCUCGGGUCCUCCUUAUCGAGGCUGGAAAAUAUGGUUCAAACCCCAUGUUGAACAUUCCCACCAGCCCUCCGAACGGCGAGGCAUUGGAUGUCCUAGGGAGGAUCUUCCAAGGACCAGCGCGGACCGAGAUGCCUGAUGCAAUGGAUCUCAACACAUCAGGCCAGACCCCGACUGACUGGCACCAUGAAGCCGCCGCUGCCCGUAUGCUGUACUUCGUGUACCUAAACCAUAACCCUGGAUUCUGGACGGACAUUGUUGCCGCAGCCGAUAUUCUGGUCAUGAAGGAUGUUGCUUUGUCUGCGAUUGCUUUUAUGAAAGCAAUCGUUCUUGACAACUGGCAACCGCUACCUCCAGCGUCUCACGUGGCCAGUGUAUCGUCUCGAUAUCAACUACCGUCCGAAGAAGGCCUGGGACAGCUCUCCCCUGCCUCGAGCGGUCUACUCCCAUUGUCCGGGCCAUGGGCUGUCCUUACUCCUCCUGCUCUGACAACAUUGCUACCAUAUCUUUUCAAGCCCCCUCGAUCAUACGCUGAAUUUGUCGGAGGUGGCGCUGGUGAUUCUCAACAUGCUGUUUGGAAGGUAGCUACAGCGAAACAUGAGGUUCUCGUUGCAAUGUACAACCGCCUUCGAGAAAGCGGGGGGCAAAUGGAUGGCUUCGAGGAUAUUUUGAGAACACUACGCCAGCGUGUCAGUGAGGGCCCCGUGGGUCCCAUUCAAAGUGCUACUCCCCAGGUCGAGGCUGCUGGCCUGUAA